AUCUAGCCCACGGUACGUCGCAAUUGGCCUUGGCACAGCUCCUCCUGCGACUUUCCAUCCGCUAACACUGUCUUCCCAUCUCAGAUGCUCUAUCAACGAGUUGCCAGGGCUUCGGUCCUGCGCACAGCUCCCAUGACCGCAUCGCGACGCCUGCCCGUCAUUCAGCAGCGAACCUUCUUCCCCGAUGAAUGGACCGGAAAGAAAACCGUCGAAGAGAAAUAUCCCGCCGAGCCCAAUUUUACCGAUGCCGAAGACCCGGGCAUGAAUGGAGGUUUCGUUAAUCCUCCGCGAGUCAAGCGUCAGUUUCGCGAUCCCCACGGGGGUUGGUGGGAUAAGCAAGAGCGCAGGAACUUUGGCGAGCCUGUCCAUGAGGACCACGAUAUUCUAGGAGUAUUUAGCCCAUACGAGUACACCUGGGUCAGCUCCAAAAUGGCAUUUGCACAGCUCGGCAUGUUCAUCGCGACGGUUAUGGGAGUGUGCUGGGUGGUUGGCAGAUUAUACCCCGACAAGCCAGCAUUUCCGCGAGAGUUCGAGGGUGGUCUAGAGCGAGAGCUUGGAGGCUCUGGUGCUUUUAGAGCCAGAGCCCCCGGGGACCCGGAGCCAUUCCAAUCUGAGGAAGCUACAGAAUAAGUCGUUUGUACAAAUAUCAGAGAAAAUAUAAAUAAAAAUGCGCAUAAACACGUCUAAGAAAGGAGGAUGUUCCGCCCCGAUUGUAGAUGGAUCAGAACCACCGUCUUGGGUCUCGCGAGAUACCAACUACAUCCCUUAUAUUCGAAUAUAUUGACGCCUCCUACUUAGUUUUAUCUGUGUUUGUCUUCUCAUCCGUAAUUUUUUGUAC